UAUAUGGAGUAUAUAAAUCCCAAAGUGGUCUUUUUGUUAUUUUGUUUGAGUCUUCUCACUAGACCAGUUCAGUUAUUCAUGUGAAGGAAUGAUCAUGGUGAAUUUUGUAAAAAGGACGAUGAUGCUGUCGUUGUCACUAAAUCACCCAACACCAACUUUGCUAAGAGACAACUGGAAAAACAUGGCUGGACUGAAGGGAAAGGUCUUGGAAGAGAUGAAAAUGGAAGAGCCAAUGCAAUCAAAGUUUCAAAGAAGAAUAAUACUUUAGGAAUUGGUUAUGAUGUUGGUGCAGAAUUCACAAAUAAUUGGUGGGAUCAUCUUUUUAACAAAGCAGCCAGUAAGAUUGUUGUUGAGGAAUCUCAGGACGGUAUACAUGUUUCCAAGAAGGAAGUUAAAAAUGAGCGUCGGAAUAACUUUUGGAAAGUAAAGGGAAAAGACAUGUACUAUGGCCGAUUUGUUAAGGCCUGUCAUGAAGAAAUCACUCCAGUGGAAGGGAGGUCAGAAGCAUCAACAGUCACAAAAAAAUUCACUGAUGAAGAACUGUUCAACGCCUGUGGUGGAAGGACAGGUCACAAAUCCGCUCGACAUGGCCACAAAUUGAGUGGAAAAUUGAAAAGAAUUGCUGAGCAAGAUCUCGAAUGUAUCGAAGAUGGACCUUUGAAGAAGAAAACAAAGAAAGACAAGAAAAAGAAGAAAAGAAUGAAGACGCAACUGGAAAGUUUCAUAGACAAACAAGACACUGGUAGUAGUAAGCAAAAGAACGAACAAUAUGGCGUUUUUAAUGAAACUGCCAAAAUAGUUGACUCAUCAAAUGAAAGUAUUUUCACUGAAAAAAUACGAUGUGGAUCUGAACGCGCUAUCGAAAAACGUUCUAAGAAGAAAAAACUAAAGAAAAAAAAGACUGACGACGUAUAAUAGAACGCCAUUCAUAUUUCAUAUUUACGUACAUGAUGGUAUUUUAUAAAGAAAAAAUAUCUACUCUUAUUUUUGUUUAUAUACGUCUUAUAUGAAGUACGUAAACAAGAA